AUGGCUGUCAAGUGGAAGACCCCGCAGCUGGCCCCCAACGAGGCCGAGGGCGAGAGCGCCGAGGGCCUCCUGGGCAUGAUCGCGGGCAAGCCCUACCUCGCCGGCGACAAGUACGUGGACCGCGUGCGCGACAGCAUGGUCGAGCCCCUCUGGCAGGCCAACCAGGAGCGCGACAUGGCCAAGCGCAUGGUCAUCUUUAGGAAGCACAUCGAGUUCCGUGAGGGCCCCCGCAAGCGCGCGUUCAUUGCCGCGCCGUUUACCUGCGAGUACGGCUUCAACAUUUCGUUUGGCGACGACUCGUUCUGUGGGCCCAACUGCACCUUUCUCGACGUGUGCCCCAUCUGGAUCGGCGACAGGACCAUGAUCGGGGCCAACACACAGCUGUACACCCCGCAGCACCCCAUCAUGCCCGAGGAGCGUGAUGGCCUCAACGGCGCCGAGUGGGCCAAGCCCAUCACCAUUGGAAACGACUGCUGGAUCGGUGGCGGUGCCAUUAUCCUCGCCGGUGUGACCAUUGGCGACGGCUGCACCGUCGGUGCCGGCUCGGUCGUGACCAAGGACGUCGAGCCGCGCUGCGUUGUCGUUGGCAACCCUGCCCGCGUGAUCAAGCGUCUCCCCGAGGCCGUCAAGAACGGCAACGUCGAGUAG